AGCGUACUACUUUUCUGCUCGUUUCUGCACGUGCCGGGGAAAGGAAAUGUUUUAUAAAAUCUACUUUAUAUAUUAACCUUAACAAACUCAAACUAAGGGAGAAGUGAAGGGUGCUCGCAACGACACCCGAGGCACUACCAGACACCUUAACCUUUUUUUUAUCCUGCAAGCACUAUAAUGGUGGAGAAAUGAGUAUAGCACACCGCAGUGAUAUGCAAACGCGUCACAGAAUUGUGGAAUAAAGGUGCAUAGCUUUAGACUGAUCAGCUUUGUUUCCAAGCUUCAGAAUUUAGGUCCGCCGCGACGAGCAGAUAGUCAGGCAGUGCCACUACAUGUGGCAGCCAGUGGCAGAAGCAAGCAUAGCAGAUUCCAUUUCGUGCGAAGGACUCCUGUGACGCAUUUGCAUUGGACACCUGCUUCACCUGAACUUACCGACGAUUCUCCAAGAGCAAGAAGAUAUGCAAUGUGCUGGUGCUGUUUCAAUCUGUAUAAUAUGGCAGGGCGCUGCCGCUCCGUACUUGCUUCAUGUUUUUUUCAACAUUGCAUAAAGUUGAUUGCAGUUACACCUACCGCUGCUCUUUCUAGCGGUCUAUCUACCCAAGGCCAGGGUCGAAGAGCGCUUGAGCAGUCGCGUUUUUGUAAGUCUGCAAUAAAUGUCUCAUCAUAAAAGCAAAAUCAAAACAAGCCCAUGUGUGGGAAAAACAAUUGCACCUGUAUAAACGCUUGCAAAUGAAACAACCUCCUACCACAUGAUAGAUAGGUUCAG